AUGUACGCGUUAGCGAUCGCAGUUUUUAUUCAACUGUUUGAGCUCUGUCUCCUCGGAACCAUUCUCAGCUUCAAGAAUGAGGAAAUUGAACAAGCAUUCUACAACUCGUUGUGGUAUCUGAUGGAUCGCAUAGAAAAAAAGGACUUUAUGAUAAUGUUUCACAAAAGUCAACAUGCUAUCGAAAUGACUGUUGCAAGUAUGGCCCCAUUAAAUGUCGUUCUCUUUAUCGCUGUAAGUGUAACAACUGGUAUGUGUUCAAAUUAA